AUGGAUCCUUCCAACGUUCAUAUCAGUCAACUUCAAACCGAGUGUGUGAGACUCAAUGAGGAAAAAGAAGCAUUGAAGAAGCAACAUGCUGCCACCGAGACUGCAAAACUGGGACUUGAGAUCCAAAAUGCUGCAUUGAUUGGAAAACUCGAGAAGAUAAAUUUGGCUGUGCAAAAACUUGUGGAGGAGAGGGAUGGCUAUAGAAGGCACAUUCGAGUCAUCUAUGAGGCUGAUGAGAAAAGUAGGAGGCAUCAUGAGAGGGAGCUCAACGACAAGGAUCAGAUAAUUCAAUCGCUUAGGACCCAAUUGGCGGAUAGUAAAAAGGAGAGCGCGAAGAAGGAGGAGGAGCUUCAGGAGCUUCAUGCUCUGGAGAGCAGCGACAAGAGCCAGCUGAUCUACAAUCUAAACCGCCGCGUUUGUCUAGAAGAGCAACAAUACACCGAGAAGAUCACGGUGCUUCAGAAGGAACAUGUCAAGCAGAUUGAAGGCAUGAACCUGGAACUUCAAAUGCUUAAAACCCAACAGGAGCAGCAUGCCAAGGAGCUCAGUGACAAGGACCUGAUCAUCCAAGACCUAGCGACCCGCAUAUCUGGUGCUGAGCAACAAACUGUUGAUAAGAAUAUGGAGCUCACAAAUGAGCUGAAGAAGAAGAAUGCAGUCGUCAACAUUGAGCUCGGCAAGCUCUAUAUGGAUCUUCAGGAGGCUAAGAAGUCACAGGAGGCUCUGAAGGCUCGAUUGGAUGCUAAGAACAAAGGAAUCGAGUAUCUCACGAAGCAACAUGAGGAGAAGCUGGCCGCAAAGGAUUCAGAAAUCCAAAUAUUGACAAAAAUGGUUCAGGACCUUCAAGGUUCGAAGCUUACAAAUCCAAAAGGAAUGAAUCCAAAUUCUGAGUCUGGGAACUCUGAUGAUGAUUGGAUUUUCCGCAAACAUUUCGGCAGAGCGGACUAUCAUAAACUUUUGGGAAUGUCCCCGUAA